CUCUGACUGUCCGGGGACAUGACUGGCACGCCCGGAGCUGCUACCACCGGGGAUGGCGAGGCCCCCGAGCGCUCCCCACCCUGCAGUCCGAACUACGAUCUCACGUGCAAGUCUCUAGGGAUCUAGGCUAACCUCGGAGGGCGUGAGGCAGGACAGAUCAGAAGGACUUAGUCACCCCCACCCUGUGGACAACAACCCGGUUCUCUCUUCUGCCACACUUUGGAGGUGCUAGGACAUGGGGACUCCCUGAAGACACGGAUGCCUGCAGAGGCAGCUCAAGGUUACUGCCCCUUUUUCAGCUAAGCCUCAAAGACUGACAUCUGUCACCCACUUUCAAUGCUCUGGGUCCCCACUCGGCAGCAAAUUCCACCCCUUUCCUCCCCACGGCCUCCAGACAUAGUCUCACACCUCUUCCCAGUGUUAAGCUAGCAUCCCCCCUACCCCUUAAGGUGUAUGUAGCCAGCCCGCAAGUCUUCUUGGGAAUUGUUAGAAGCUGAGAAAGACACAGCAGCUAGUGACAGUGGACAGUGGCCCACCCUGCCUGCUCUGAUGGCUGUAAAGGCAACUCUCUGAGGUGCACACCUUCUGUGGGGAUGCUCUGUACAAAAGCAGGUGGGAAAAGCAUGGACCCUAGUCUGCCUCCACCUCCCUCAUCCGUGCCCUUGGAGUACGCAAGUACACGGGACCCUGAAAAGAGAUGCAGAGCCAGCCAGCAGCCUGCACUCUUCCUCUGCAGUAGGUUAGGGAGAGCUAAGCCAGGCUGUGCUGGGUGGAACCGAUGCCUAUCCUCGAAGGAUGCAUGCCUCCUUCAGGGUCUUGAUACCUCCCCAAAACUAGGUCUCACUCUCACUAGGAGCCUCAGGUCUCCGCCCCCAGGGUUUCAGGGGAAGCCAGACUGCCAGCCUACCCACCCCUAGCCGUUGAGAUAGGCGUCCUGUGUGGGCUUGUGGCAGGAAAUGGGGCCCUAUGUCUUCAAGGGAGGGGAGCUGCUGAUGGCAAGCCCCCCGGGGCUGAUGAGGGGGAAUCUCCUGACCUCCUUGCCCUGCGGGCCAGCUGAACUGUUUACCUAGGAGGCGGUAAGGCUGAGCAGCUGUUCGUGUUUGGUGGACUUGACUGGCUGGGUGACAGGCUGCAUGGUUUGCUCAAGGCAGCUGUGAUCUGUAAAGUAAACAAGUACCAGUGUUCCCCACCCCCCUUCCUGGGGGGAGGCGGGGGUUGCUGGGGCCCCAGAGCCAUCGGAGUGCCUGGCCAGCCAAGUAGCUUACCCCCAGCCUGCCAAGGCCUGACCUAGUCCUGCAUCUGUAGUUGUGUGAAAGGAACAGGGUGGGAAAGAGCCUUGGAACACCUUAGGAGGUCUAGGGUUUCAGGUAGGCAGUACCCACCCUAGGGCCAACCUUCUGAGUCCUGAGUGGUUCACAUCAACCUUGUUGACCCUAGAUGUUAACAAAUUCUAGGAAGGCCCCAAAGGAGUGUUCCUUCCACUUCCCACCCAUUAUGAUGGGUAAACUUCAGAAACAAUUAAGGAAUUUCCCCAAAAGCACACAGUAAGCUUUUUAUAGUAGAAGAACUCAGCCCACCCCCACAUCUUUCCACUAAAGUCAACUAAUAGAUCCCAAGACCCCGUAUCUGUGGAAGAAAAGCUUUUUGGUUUCACCAUCAAGUUUAGAGAGCCCAAUAAUUCCACCCUUAUUAUCAGUCUAGCCAGACGGUUGGGAACAUUCUGGCUUUGAGUCUACACUUCCAUUCUCUGAGAUGACUGACCAAAGAGAUCCCGCCCCCACCAUUCCUACAUGUUCCCCUGCAGUGGCCCAAGGAUGCCAAUUUGCAACCAUUUGUUCCUCUUGGAAGAUUUCUGCUAAAAACUUCAGACUAACUGUCUCCCCAUCUCAGAAUAAAUGUCAACAUUCCCUAAUUCUUGCAAGCCUAUUGUGAAUGUAAGCCCUCAUUAGACAUUUCUAAAUUAAUGUCUGACCCAAAAGAAAACUCCAGCAAUAGCAAUUUAAAGACAAUGUUCCACCCAUCAAGUCUUUUAACAAACAAACAAAAACCAACAAAAAACGGGUCUCACUAUUUAGCCUUGGCUAGCCCUCACAUUCCCUGGCCUAGAACUCAUAGAGCUCUGCCCACUUCUGCCUCUCAAAUGCUAGAAUGAGGGCACGCAGCACCAUGCCCCCACCCGUCCAUCAAGUCUUGCUAGGCUCCUGGGGGAGAGGCCCUUUUCCCUGUGUGGAGCCCCACCAACCUGUGUACACCUGAGUACACACUCAAACCAGCAAUGAUCUCCGCACUGUUCAGCAAUGGGCAAAUAGAUAUCCAAGGUACAGCCCAACAGAGUGUGACAUCCUCUGGGGAUCUCCAAGCACGUUUUUGGAGGUUAUAGUUUGACUUUGAGGACAUUGGCUAGUACAAGAGGCUCAGAGGGAGGAGCUGGGAGGCUGAGGGAAGGAGAAUGGAGACAGGAAGCGGGGGUGAGGGCAAAGGCAGGCUGGAGGCCGUGUUCCGCCGUCCAAAUGGCGUCCCUCUCCACCCUUCUCUCCUUCUCUGACCCUCUUAAGGACAGUCCUCUCUGGAAUCCCAGAAGACCCCGUCUCUUCCCCAGUCACCAUUAACUGCCUCUGCCCCCAUCUCCUAGGUGAUGCUUCUGGGAGAUUCAGGCGUCGGCAAAACCUGUUUCCUGAUCCAAUUCAAAGACGGGGCCUUCCUGUCCGGAACCUUCAUAGCCACCGUCGGCAUAGACUUCAGGAACAAGGUGGUGACAGUGGAUGGUGCCAGGGUGAAGCUUCAGAUCUGGGACACUGCAGGACAGGAGCGCUUCCGCAGUGUAACCCAUGCUUAUUACCGAGAUGCUCAGGCCUUGCUCCUGCUCUAUGACAUCACCAACAAAUCUUCCUUUGACAACAUCAGGGCCUGGCUUACGGAGAUUCAUGAGUAUGCCCAGAGAGAUGUGGUGAUUAUGCUGCUAGGCAACAAGGCGGAUGUAAGCAGUGAAAGGGUGAUCCGUUCCGAGGAUGGAGAGACGCUGGCCAGGGAGUAUGGUGUUCCCUUCAUGGAGACCAGUGCCAAGACUGGCAUGAAUGUGGAGCUGGCCUUUCUGGCAAUUGCCAAGGAGCUGAAAUACCGUGCAGGCAGGCAGCCUGAUGAGCCCAGCUUCCAGAUCCGAGACUAUGUGGAGUCCCAGAAGAAGCGCCCCAGCUGCUGCUCCUUUGUGUGACUCCCGAGGGGCUAAGAGGAGGUGCAGAGACCCUUGGGAAGGCAGUUAUUCUAACUGCCAAGCCAACUAGAAGAGAGCUGGGGUUCAGUGGGCAGCCCUGGCCAGGGAGAUAGCUGCCACCCUAGUUUCUCUAGCUUCCCUGUGUCAUGGGAAGGGUAAAAUAACCAUACUUUAUCUUAGUAUAUAUAACCUAAAACCAAAAAAAAAAAAAAAGCACCAGUGUGCCACCCCCCCCAAAAAAAAAACAUAGGCAGGGACUUGGUCCUUUUGCCUUCUGGGAGUAGGUUCUAAAAGGCUGGGCCUCCUAGCAAGAUGCUACUGCACUGGCAUGGCACCAGGGGACACUGAAGCACUACUAGGAUGUGGGAGCUGUUGUGACAAUCCUCACUAGGGAGGCUAAGGAGACCCCAGCCUUCUCUUCCUCCAGCUCCCCAAUAGGAAGGGCCUUAGUGCUGGGAGCUAGCCCAAUGCCACAGGAAAGGUAAAUGUGGAGAUGGGGGGAGGGGUGUGAGAAGAAUAGCAGUCCCUUGGGUGGGGUCUGCUCAGUUACCUCUGGCCUUCCUCACUCUCCUCCUGGAAGUGUGCCCCUUUUUCUCUGCCACACGAGCACAGUGGGGCACCUGAAAACAUUACUUUCAAUUCUCUGGACCUCACAUCCCAAGGGAUGCCCACCAUCCCAUGGAAUCUCUCUCAUCAGCCUUCUGCCUGGGUUCCUAGACCCCAGAGGUCAGAGCCAAGAAAAAAAAAAUCCCUUCCUUCCCAAUCCUGUGACAAGGUGUACAGCACCACAGCUAUUUAAGGCAGAGGGAAGAGCCAGAUAAAGAACUCACCGGCUCCUAGAAUGGGUGUGAGGCAGAACUGAACAACACCCCAUGGUCCAAGUUUCCCCAUUAAGCCCCAGCUCUCUGUCUCUUCCCUUUAACUUCAGACCAAUACUAGGGCCAAAACUGUUUCAUCUCCUCCUCUUCCACUAAAUCAUGUAAGAGGGUGGGAAGUUGUCCAUUUCUGGAUGAGCCGAUGUAAUAUACAAAACAAGGUAGUUGGUCAAGCUUUGGGUAUGGAGAAGGGCAGGCAGCAAGGAAGUCGUAUAGGCCAAAGGCCAUGUGUCUCCUAAAGCCACCCUUAGGAGGACUCUGGAGGUGUGUAGAUCCAUGACCGCAGGCAGCUUUACUGCCACUCUCCAAGAAAGUAUGCAUUGCACAUUUAUGAGGUUACUGCAUUUGCUUUCAAGGCAGAAAUCUUGCUCUCUGAGCAGUCAGCACUCUAAACGUGGGUUGAUAAGGAAGCUCUCUGUGACCUCUCACAGUCAGAUCAAGGAGGAGCCUGGGCUUGCCUGUUCUCUUCUGGGACUCUGAGCAGGUUGCAGGAACUCCAGUCACAUAGCUCUGGGUCUCUGGCAUUUGUGUUUUUCAGAAUUAAAUUGCAGUAUUUUGGAAAGUA